AUGCAAGAAACAAGGAGUCAAAUAGAUACUGUAAGACGUAUAGCAAACAAUGCACGUACGGGAUUGGAUACUUUACGAGAAGCACAAAAUACACUAAAGGAAGCAAAUGAUAUUCUUGGCUCAGUAUCAGACAUGCAUGAAGAUUGGCUUAAAGGUAUUGACAAAUCUUUAAAAAAUCACAGUCAGUCUAUUGCUGACUACAAGAAAAGUAUAGAUUUUUUACAUAGUGCUAUGGACGUACAUGAUGGAAGCAUAAGGAACUUACUUAAUGCUAACAAUAACUUACCAGGAACUAUUAAAGCAUUUAUAAAGUCCUUUGUAAAACCUGGUGCUCUAACAUUUAGGUCUUUGAGAGCAAGAGCAUUGAAGUCAAGAGAUGCAGAAACUCCAACAGAACCUACAGAAGGAACUGAAACAACAGAAACUCCAGAAGAACCACCAAAACCAACAGCUAAUGAAAUAUUGUUCGAAUAUUUUCCAAGGUACUCUGUUCUCAUUGCAUACAUUCAAGAAAUACUUAAGAAAGCAGACUUGACUUUAGGAGAUGAUGAAAGUUCUGUAUAUCUUUCGUUCCAGUUUCAAAUAGCAGAACUUUUGAGACAGAUAUGCUUAAUGUAUGACAACAUCUCUGAUUUCACAAGAUAUGAUGACGACCAUGACCCCGAACACGGUGAAGAAGAAGUUUUACAAACAUCCAUUAAGACAGGAAAGGUUUUAA